GAAGAAAACGGGCGCUGGAAUAUGGUGAGCCCUUUGUGAUCCAGGUCUUCGGUGUACCUACUCUACUGACUAUAGGUAUACAUGAUCUCGUAGAAUAAUACUGUCGACACCUUCCGAGGUACCAAGGGAGCCCGUAAAAGGCGAAUCAUUGACAAUGGCGGCAAAUAUGUACCGAGUUGGAGAUUACGUAUAUUUCGAAACUUCCUCAUCCCAACCGUACCUCAUCAGAAGAAUUGAAGAAUUAAACAAGACCCCCAAUGGCAAUGUCGAAGCAAAAGUUGUAUGUUUUUACCGCAGAAGGGAUAUUUCAAGUUCACUAAUACAGCUAGCAGAUAAACACCAAACUGAUGCUACUAUUUUCUAUUGUGUCAGACAAAUGAAUGAGUUCUCUGGGGAAAGGUCAGAUAUUUUCUUCUAUUCUCUUGUUUACGACCCACAACAGAAGACUUUGCUGGCAGAUAAAGGUGAAAUUAGAGUGGGUUCCAGGUACCAGGCAGACAUACCACCCAUGCUUGGGGAAGAUGAUAAAGAUGAGAGAGAAUUACCUAAACUGGAGACUAUCGUGUGGGAUCCUCGAUGUGGGAUAACAGAUAGACACAUUGACCAAUUUAUGAUUGUCUCCAGGUCUGUAGGCACAUUUGCCAGAGCCUUAGAUUGUAGUAGCUCAGUUCGUCAGCCCAGCUUACAUAUGAGUGCUGCUGCUGCCUCAAGAGAUGUCACACUGUUCCAUGCAAUGAAUAUACUACAUAAACAUGAUUAUGAUAUUGCAAAGGCUAUUGCUAAUCUCGUUCCUCAAGCUGGACCAGUAUUGUGCCGUGAUCAGAUGGAAGAGUGGUCCGCAUCCGAAGCUAACUUAUUUGAAGAAGCCUUAGAAAAAUAUGGGAAAGAUUUUAAUGAUAUACGACAGGAUUUUUUGCCAUGGAAAUCACUGCCUAGUAUCAUAGAGUAUUAUUAUAUGUGGAAAACCACAGACAGAUAUGUGCAACAGAAACGACUGAAGGCAGCUGAAGCCGAAAGUAAACUCAAACAAGUGUAUAUUCCUAAUUACAACAAACCAAAUCCAAAUCAGAUCAGCAAUAAACCUGGAAUACAGCCACCAACCGCAGGGGGUAGAGCAUGUGAAAGUUGUUACGCUGGUUCUUCUUUCCAAUGGUAUUCCUGGGGCCCAGCUAAUAUGCAGUGUCGGUUAUGUGCAGCUUGCUGGAUAUACUGGAAGAAGUAUGGUGGCCUGAAGAUGCCAACAAGAUUGGACGGAGAUAGACCAGUUCCUAACCGUGUGCUGGAUGGGUCCGUAGCAGAGGGAGAUCGUCCUAGCCCCACCAACAGAAGCCAGGAUCCCCAGUAUGCUUGCAAUGUAUGCAACAAAGCUUUCUAUAGACAAGAACGUCUAGCUGCUCAUAUGAGUGCUCACAGACCAUUCCGAUGUACCAUUAGUGGUUGUGGCAAGGAAUUCAAACUCAAAUCUCAUCUAGCUCGUCACUGCCAGACAGUACAUGGACUUACUAUUCGUAGCAGUUCUACCAAACCUACUGUUUUAAAGACUAGACAAGCGUUCUUUCUCAGUGCGACAACAUUGACCAGGAUUUCUAGAAGAGUAUGUAAAGAUAUAUUGAAUUCGCGGCAUCAUGCAAGGUCACCGUUUUCACCGAUCAAUAUCACAGCAAUCAAACAAGAAUACUCACAUGGCAGCGAUCUUUGUAUUUCUACUUCAUUAGGCCAAGUGAGAUUACCAACUGCAGCCAAGACUCUGGCAUUAAAGAACAAAAAAUGGCCAGAUUCUAACGUGGUUGUGAGUAAACUGGGUAUUGAUGUGAAGUGUGAGUUGCCAGCAUUAUUAGAACGUACAAAAACAACCACAUCAGAGCCACCCAGGUUGUCGUUUCCUCCUCCUUUAUCAAUGCCAAUCUUUCCUAGAGUGGAUCAAAAUGAUAAAGCAAAAGGAGACAAUACACAAUCUAUCAAUUCCAUCUCACCUACCAUACUCAGGAAGAGGGGUUAUGAACAACAUAAUGGAAUCGAUGGUCUGACUGCUAAACGUUCUUCAUAUUCACUAUCAGGGAUAACUAGACUCUCAGCCAGGAUUAUAUCUGCCAAAGGUGGAGAUAAAACUGUCGUACAUCCUCCACAUGAACCAGUCAGAUCCGGACUCAGUAGACAUGCAUUGUCUCGUAAUAUGAAUGGCAGUCGUCAAUAUCCCAGUGGUAGAGUUGAAACCAUGCCAAUGAGAAAGAGACGAAGAAUUAAUUGGAUGGACGCCCCUGAUGAUGUCUAUUUCCAUGCUAAUGAGAACACCAAGAAAUUACGAAAACAGAUGACGUUAUCGCAACAUAGAAGAAUUGCACGUCGUCCUUGGUCUUCGACUGGUAUCAAACUACCUGUAUAUGCUCAGCCACCACCCCCACCUAUUCCGCCAGAACCCAUUGUAAUCGAUGAUUAGACAAUAAGUUGUAUUGUUAUCAUUCCAUUGUCUUUUAUACAAAAUAGGUAUUGUUCCUUUGUUUCUCCCCCAAAGUAUUGUAUCCCUCUCCCCACAGUAUGAUUCUUUUUCUGUUUUUUUCUUUAGAUUACGUGAUUGAGUUUCUUAAAACCCUUCAUUUCACUCAAACAAUAUUUUAGUAUUUCUAGCCACAUUUGUUCAAAGAAAAGGAAGUGAAAAAAUAGAAUAGACGUUGAAGUAAAGAGGUGGGAAAGUACUCAGUAUUUCAUUGCAGACUUUCCAAUCUGAGAAAAAAGUUUGAGACAGUGAAUUUGUUUCUUCUACAUGCAGAGUUGGGUGAUAACACCUGAAAUUAAAUAUUCUACAUUGAUCAGUUGUGGUGUGGACUAAUUCCCAUGACAUUUAUAAUUUUAUAGCGCAUAUUCUCACCUUGCACGUUUUUUUUUUUACUAUUUUACAUCAUAUAUGAAUUAUGCUGGCAUUUAAUGAGGAGACGGCCAGGUAGACAUUGAUUAUGAAUGCAUGGUAGUGCUGUGAAGGGCUGUAAGAAACUUUUAUUUGCACUUUUGUUUGAUUUCCAUAAUGCUGAAUCGCUUAGAGAAAAUGUAAAAAGCAUUCAUGAAUAUUGUGUUUUUUUAAUCCAUACACUCACAAUUUAGUAAAUUGUGUCUAAUAUAUAUAUAUAUAUGGAAUAAUUGGUUUAUUUCGGUGUUUGCCAAACUUUCAUAUUACAUGGUAACAGUGCAGUACUUCAAAGAGACAUGGAGGGAGGGGGGUAUGUGUAUAUAAAGGGAUUUGCAAGGUUUUGUAUUACAAUAUACACACACGGCUUGAUAUUAAUGGUUACAUUUUAUAACAUGGGGAUUCCUUGCUUGUCUGUACCAUGAACUUACCACUGAAAUUAUUUUGACAGCAGUCAAAUGGGAAACUAAUUUUUCUCUCUAUGAAUAUAAUUGCAUGUGUACGUUAGUGUAGCAUAAUUUUCUUCUUGAUGAUGCAUAUUUAUGUAUUUCUGCAUUGAACUCUCAUCACUUGGCUUCAAAUUGUCAGCUGGCAAAUAUGGACGAUGAAUAAAACUCUUCUUUUUUUUUUUUAGUCUUGGAUCUGAUUGGGUUAGAAAGGGUGUUAUUUCAGGUUUUAGCAUUUUAAGUUGGAAUUUGCCACCUUGAAGAUGUCUAGAAUAAAUUAUUUUUUAUAAAAAAGAAAUUAAAAUGGGAGUUCUCCUGCAGAAAUCUCAAUUGCAUCCCCGAGAAUGUAUUGGCGUCUUCCGUUUAUUGCAAAGUGAUGCAUUGGGAACAAUGCAUUUUGGGUUAAACUAUUUGGUUGACUUGGGUUGGAUGGGAGGAUGAUAGAGGGGAGGGGAGGGGACGAUGUCUGUUUAAUUGAAUAUAUUUCAUAGAAUACUGCGAGACAAAUUGGUAAUUAUUUAUGGAGUUGUCUAUUAAACUUUGUUCAACAAAA